AUGAAUUUACAAACACCUUCUCAAAUGUUUCAAACGUUAUCGUCAUUUUGUGACACCAUUCUAUCCAAUCAACCAUAUGAUUCAAAAACUCACAUGGACAUGUAUUCUACAAGCAUAUUAUAUUCACAACAGUCUCAAGGAAAUGCACAAAAAUUAUUUCAAUUAAUUCAUCAAAAAUGUGUAAUGAAAUUAAAAAUAUUGUUAAAAGAAACACAAAAAAUAAAUUCAAAGAUAGAUUUCUUACGAUUUUAUAUUACAAACUACAAGUUAUAUUUUAUUGCAUGUCAAAAAAUCUCACAUGUAUUUUCUUAUUUAGAUCGUUUUUUUAUCAAACAACAAAAAGCUAUUAACGGAGAAUAUUCAGAGCCCGUAUUUAAACAUUGUAUGUCAUUAUUUUGGUGUGAUUUUCUUAGAGCCAAUUCAACAAGUAUUGUUAAAAGUACAAUGAAUUUAUUAUUAGCAGAAAGAAUUGAUAAUAAUACACAAAAUAGAGAAUUAAUUAAUGGAAUAAUGUCAUUAUUUUUGUCUUUUUCUAAUUCAGAAAUAGUUACUAUUUCAUUAAUAAAUUUAAAUAUUUAUGACAGCUAUUAUCAAUCAGAGUAUAUUAAAGCUGCUGAGUCAUAUUAUGAAGACUUAAAUAAUUAUUUUAAAAAUUAUGGUAUUACUGAAUUUUUAGAAAAAACAAUUGAAAUUACUGAAUUAGAAAGACAAAGAUCUCAACUUUAUGUUGCUGCAAAUGUUCAAAGAGAAUUUGGAGAAUUUUUACAAAAACGAUUUAUUUCAGAACAAUGUAAUUUUAUUAUUGAAAAAAUGGAAAGUUUAUUAAAAACAAGAGAAAAAAGUGACUUAAAAAAAUGUUUUACAGUUCUAAAAGAUGGAGAACAAAUUGAUUCAGCUAUUUCAGUAUUUGAAAAGUAUUGUAAAGAAAUUGGAAUGGAAAAAGUAAAAUACAUUAUGUCAAUUCAACAAGCAUUUGAAGUUAUUAAAAUAAUUAUUGAAUAUUAUGAAGAUAUUAUUAAUUUAAUUCAAGAAUGUUUUGGAAAUCAUCCAUCAUUUAAUGCAGGAUUUGGAAGAGCAUUUAGAGAAGUAAUUAAUAGCAAUGUUAAAAUUGCAAAUGGUGAAGAAAUGGAAAUAUUAAUUCCAGAGUAUUUAGCUAAAUAUUCUGAUAUUAUUGUAAAGAAAUGUGUUGGUGUAGAUGAGCUAAAUAAUAAAUUAGAUCAAAUCUUUUGUAUUUAUGACUUUAUUGAAAACAAAGAUAUAUUUGAAAAUUAUUAUAUUAAAACUAUUGCUAAAAGAAUGUUACUUCGUGGAAAUAAUGAAGACUUAUCUCAAGAAAAUAUCGUUUUUGAUAGACAUAGAGUUAAAUUUUCUUCUUCGUUUUCAUAUAAGAUACAAAAAUGA